UGCUGUAGAGAAAAAUGUCAUUUGAACAUGAUAAUCUUAGCUUACAAAGAUGUAGUUUAUUUUCAGCUCGACUUAUUAUGGAACAAAUAUGGAGAGGUUAAAGGUCAGUUGGCAGUUCUGGAGUCACAAGAAUCAGUCGACAGAAGAAAGAUCGAAGCUAUUCAACAACAACUGACAACACUACAGGAAGUUGUAGGUGACAUCGAAGGGGAGAUAACUCAAAUCGCUGACGACCUGAAGAGUAUUCUGGAAACAGAUCAAACACAGGACGAUGAUACCAAUACUACAGAGAAUCCUGUGUGGAAGGAAUUUCCAUUUACUAUGAAGAGAGGUUCUGUUCAGAUGAAUGCGUCCUACAUUGUCCUGACUGUUGAUGUACAGACCACAUCGACCUUUUCCUACAUUUGGUUCGAGAACGGUUUACCUAUCUUAGAUAACGACUUGUUUAUCCGUGUUCACUUCGCAGCAGACAAUGUCCACACUUUGGAACUCCGUGGAAAUCAGUCAUCCGCUAUCCGGAAUGGAAACAAAGUCAUCUCACUCCAAAUUCAAAAUCAAUUUCAUGGAUUGACAUUCCAGUUCCAUGCAACUAAACACAGUUUUGUUCGCGUUCAUGACUAUCCACUAUCGUACAGAAUUGGACCGGUUCAUGAACAAAAUAACGUCACAUCCGGUUACUUUGAAAUACGAUCUAAAAUACUUCCAAACAGAGACUUCAAUCCGUCAGUGAAUUUUUUCGGGCUUAACGGAAGUGAUAUUCCGUAUGAGUGUAUAUCGGCCGGAAGUUGGUUAGGUUCGGACGGAGAACCAAUGGGACCAGGGAGGAUUCUUAAUGUCACCAGUGGUUCUAUAGAAGGAGAUAUUUACAAGGUCACAUACGAACUUCUCAAGAUGGUUCAUGACAACGGUGGGAUACUGACUUACACACUUACGAUCACAAGGUUUGAUGACGUGUUCAACAGUGUGAAGUACGUCAUGCAUGACUCUGAAACAUUUCGACAAGGCGUUGCUACGUUACCCGAGGGUUCACUGGUUUACCUCAGAGAUUUAUUUCCCAGGUAUUCCAGACUUUGUAUUGGAGAGAGUAACUUGUUAUACUGUUCUGCAAUGGGUAAUCCCAGACCGAGAAUGGCUAUACUGAAACUGAACAGAGAUGGUCACGAGACCAGCACCGGGUAUAGAUCGGUGGUAUCUAACCGGGAAUACAUCACAACCGUCAUGCUCGUGAUCAAACCAACCGUACCAGAAAUAGGUAAUAUCAGCUUCGUUUGUGCGGCAACCUCCAACGGAAUCGAACGCAGACUGUCCUUACCAACGAGAAUUGUUGUUCCACCUAAGUUUCUGAAAUAUGAGGUUCAUCGGGGAGAAGAUGAAAGCGUUAUUGUCAAGUUGUUUGUGAAGCACUCAGUUCCUCCCAAGCCUGCCAUCAGCUGUCGUGAAAAUGACGAUUGGGGCGACUUUAUCUGGGGAAAGAGUCAUAUGUACACAUCCAACGAGACUUCAACGAGAUCUGGAUAUAUAGUUACGUUCAAUGUAAACAUGGCGGCAACUACCACUCCGCCUACGAAAUUUAUCUGUCAAGUCUUCAAUGUCAAUGGAAUAGACAGAAUAAUCGUACCGAUUCAUUUCUGAUUCACAAACGAUAGACGUCUAUUUUGUUAAAUGUCUGAGGAAGGGACCGAAGAUGUGACAUGUUUUUCAGAGUGCAAAUAGUUAGAAUUAUGUUCAACUUUCACUGGAUUUUAAUGCAGCACGUCUACAAUGUGAUGCUAUCUUCAGCUGAUAAACAGUGUAGCAAUUCUAACCAAACAUGUCUGUCUGUUCGAGAAAAAGGAGACACGAUCUGACUAUGUCACAGUGAUUGAUACACAAGCCAAACGGACUCAAAUGGUGUCAUACAGUCUAGCUAACAUUUGAGAUUUUAGGUGAGAAAUAGGUAGAGGAAAAUGUUGGCCAGAGUAGAAUAGGUGUAUUUUACUAAAUCAAUACAGGUGUGUUUUUUUUGCAUUAAAAACGCUGACAUACAGGUAAGCUCAGAAGAAAAUUAAGUCACCACAUUUUUUAUAUUAUCUAAUAUGAUUUUUUAUUAACCAGUUAUAAAUAGUUUGUUAAUAAUUAAGUUAUCACAGUUAUUAAUACUUACAUAUAUAUCAUUUAUAAUUGAUAAUUAAUUAAGCAUUUAAGUAUUUAUAUAAUAAUCCGAAUGUUUAUGUUAAUGACCGU